AUGGCGACUUGGUUUAAGUUAUUGUUGGCUCUUUUCAUUGGUCUCGUUGCUUUUAAAUUCCGAGUGACUUCAGCUAAAUCAAACUCAUCCGAAUCUGAUGAUAAUGAUGAUCAUGAAAAGGAGGAAAACCUAACCAUUGCCUGGAUAUACAAGCCUCCCUACAUAAGAGGACCCGAUAACAGUUCCUUGGACAAUCAAGCUCAUGGAAUAGUACGAGAUGUCAUGUUAAAAUACAUAGUAAAAGAUUGUAGCAGAGAAUUUGGCAAUCCCCACUAUGAAAUAAAGACUCUCAAAGCUGAUAGUGAGUCUGCCAUGAUACAAUUGCUGAAGCAAAACAAAGUCCAUGUAGCAAUUCCUAUAUUUGAACAACAAGACAAUCAAAAGUACUCUGAAUUUAUCUUUUUUAAAUUACUGGAUUAUCCUGGAACGGAAUACAUAACUUUGGCUGACGAUGAAAACAACGACGCUCUUGAUGUCGUUUUUGAUUCUGUAUUGAAGUCUUGGCCAUUGCUUGCCGUCACCAUGAUCUUCACGGCCAUUGCCGGAAUCAUCAUAUGGGCACUGGAUACAUACUGGAACGUUGAAGAAUUUCCACGCUCAUUCAUCAGAGGCUCAUGGGAUGGAUUUUGGUGGUCCUUCAUUUCUAUGACCACUGUAGGGUAUGGAGACAAGGCACCCAAGUCGGCCAUGGCUCGUAUUUUCUCUGUCGUCUGGAUCUUAUUUGGCCUCAUAGCUAUGGCAAUUUUUAUGGCAAAUGUCACCACAGCAUUGACAGCUCUCUCCCUUCAACUUGAACCAACCAGCCUUCGUGGUGUUCAAGUUGGAGUGAUAGGAAAUGGAACAGAAUAUCAACAUGCACUGAAAGAAGACGCACAUCCAAAAAUCUACAACAACAUCGAUGAUGCUGUCGAUGCACUCAAAUCAAAACAGGUCAAGGGAAUGUUACUAGAUCGCUAUACAGCCUCCUAUUACCAGAAAAGAGACAAACUUAAAACUCUUCUCGCUGUGAAGAAGUUAGACUUGCAGAGGGACGUAGGAGUUCUAUUCAAUGAGAACAAAAGAGAACUUGCUGAAUGUCUACAAAAUUACCAUCGCUCCGCCAUUUGGAGAUCAAUGCAAACCUUGACUUCGUUUUACGAGUUUGAGCACCAGACGUCUUCAAAAAGCUUCAAUCUGUUUGAUGAUUCCUCACCAUUUGUUAAGUACUUGAUGUAUAUAUCACUUGGACUAUUGGUUCUAAUGCUUCUUAUUGGACUUGCGUGGGACAUAUUAUUGAGAAAGAAAGGAAAAGGGAAGCAAAAUACCGUAAUAGCAGCGGCCAUGGAUGAUAGCUGGGGAAUGACAACCAAAGGAGAUACAAUACGUGCCGAUCUUGAAACAACGCGAGUUCUUCUUCGUCAAGCAUUGGAACAAUUUGACCAGCUGGAAUCCAAAGUCUCGAAGCUGAAACUGGUCUAAUGAUCAGUUAUGAGACAAUAUUAAAGUCUUAAGUUAUUCGACGAUGUAGCCAUUACUUGCCGACUAGCUUGCUAUUUGCAUAAUG